UAAUCACAUGGAGCUCAAAUGCAAAAAUAUGCAGCUAAAAAUCAAGAACUCCAGUCAGGCAUGAAAGCAAGAAAGAAAGAGGGGAAAAAAAAAAGGCAGUUGAAAGUAGAUAGAAAAAAAUAAGAGGGCGUGGGGGAUGGGGGGCAGGAGGUAACGUAAAGCCAACUGGCAUAGUUUGACUUAUUCAGUUCAGCUUUAAAAGUCUGAGGCAGUCCGGGCUCCAAACCACACAGACAUAGACCCUUCCUGCACACUCCUUCCAGCACUGGGUUGUAGUAAAAGAAGGAGAGCAUGCAGUGCAGUUGAAAGCCAUUGUUUUGAUUGUGUUGGUGCUUCAUAGCAUAUAUUCAGUUCUGUUAGACAUCAAGUGUAAGAUCUCUACUACAAUGGGUCGGCAGAAUGGAGAAUCAUAUUGAUUUCUACAAACAUUUCACUUGGCUCAGAAAGGCAAACCUCACCUUAAACAGCAGCAGUGGGUCCUAUCAAGAGAGGUUAUCACGUCUGGAGGGAGACAAAGAGUCACUAAUUCUGCAGGUGAGUGUGCUGACAGAGCAGGUGGAGGCUCAAGGGGUGAAGAUCCAUGAUUUGGAAAGUUCUUUGGUGGAGCAUCAACACAAACUCAACAGUACAGAAGAGAUGCUACAGCAGGAACUUGUGCAUAGGACGUCAUUGGAGAAACAGAAGCUGAAUCUUAUGGGGGAGGUUUCUUAUCUGAAACUGAAGCUGGCAGACAUGGAGGGAAGGCAGGUUCAUGGAUCAGAGAGGCAGCACAAAGCUGAGACUGUAGUGAAUUUCAUUAGUGAACUGCAGGAGCAGAUGUGUCAAUUUCAGAAGGAGAUCAAUAGCAAGAUCCAGGAGAAAAAGGCCUUGGAGAUCUCGACUGACAGCAGGUUUCCAGUGGUGGGCCCCACUGAGUCCCCUGAGGGCCGAGGCAAAAACUUCACGGUGUCCUGUGAUGGACCCUCGGGGUGUAUGCAGAAGCUAGAGGAGACUCCAGACAGACCUUUGGGGAACCUGGGAGAGGGUAGCUCAGAUGCAGAGCAGCUGUGCCACUGCGGAGGAGAAAGAGUUUUGCUAAAAGAGCUCAGGAUUCUUAAGGACAAAGUCCAGUGUCUGGAGGAUCAGAAAUUACAAUAUGAAAAGAAGAUCAAGGCAAGCAAGGCAGAGAUCAGCAGCCUUCAGCAACUUCUCCUCACAAAGAAUGCAGAAAUUGAGAGUUUGCACACUCAGUUGCUGGCUAGACCUCCUCUGACAACAGAGAUCUCAGAGAGAGAGGAGAUGUACAGGAAAAGACUAAGCACCAAAUAUCAAGAACUCCAAAGACUUCGCAGUGGAAUGAAAUCACUGGUUGCUACCAAUGAUGAAAAGGAUAGACAGAUUGAAGAGCUCACUCUACUCCUGAAUCAGUGCAGACAGUUCAGAGAUGUUACUCUCAUCUCAAGACCAGCUCCAUCUGCUGCCAGUUCAUUGUCAAAUGGUCGGACUGCUUCAAGUAGCAGUGAGGAAGGAGACCAGAUCCUGACCAAGACUGUUGACUCUACCAGUACAAAAUCUGAUGAUGUGAAGUCUGAGGUUUCAACAAAUAGUUCAUCUUCCCAGCAAGCAUCAAUCCAGACAGAUUGCGAUUCCAGAAUGGAGCUACAGAUUUUAUCAAGUAGCUUGAAUGACAUAACAAAUGGACAUUCACCCAAGUUUCUCCGUGGUGGUCUGGGUGACAGCAGAAGUCAGACUUUGCCUGUGAAUUCUACUCUCCUGGAACAAAAUGAGACCGAUGAUACAGAUAUUCAGAGACAAAAAAAUCCAGUUGAAGAUGGAGACUCAUGCCAAAGAAAGUUGGAGCGAGCCCAUGACUGCACACCCAGUGAGAAUUCCCCUGCUCAUUGUGAGGCACAGCCUGGCCAACGAAGUGUGGGAUCUCCUGAGUACAUGAAGAACAACAGGAGCUUCAAGAGAUUCUGGGGAAAGCUUCGAAGAACCCAGUCUGGUGGCUUCCAGCCUGCAGAUCCAGAUGCGGGUCAGUUCAGAAGAGGAGGCUUACGUGCAACAGCGGGACCCAGACUUACCCGAACUCCUGAAUCUAACCCCACACGCGACCUAAAUAUUCCAUUCAGUCAAUGGACCAAGGAGCAGGUGUGUGGCUGGCUUGAAGACUACGGUCUGGGCCAAUACAUCAAUCUCACCAGACAAUGGGUUGAAAAUGGUCAGACGCUUUUGGCAGCCACACCUCAAGACUUUGAGAAGGAGAUGGGCAUGAAACAUCCCCUUCACAGGAAAAAGCUGCAACUUGCUUUGAGGGCCUUUAUUUCAAAGGCUGCAGAGAAAUCGUCAGAGCUGGAUCACAUCUGGGUCACCCGCUGGCUGGAUGAUAUUGGAUUGCCUCAGUAUAAAGACCAAUUCCACGAGGCUAGAGUAGAUGGCCGGAUGAUCCAGUAUCUCACAGUGAAUGACCUCUUGACUCUAAAGGUUGCCAGCCAGCUUCACCAUCUCAGCAUUAAGUGUGCCAUUCAUGUUCUUCAUGCCAACAAGUUCAACCCAAACUGUCUUCGACGCAGGCCAGGCGAAGAGAAACAUCCCUCUCCUUCAGAGGUAGUACAGUGGUCAAACCACUGUGUAAUGGAGUGGCUAAGAGCAGUUGAUCUUGCUGAGUAUGCUCCUAAUCUACGGGGGAGUGGCGUUCAUGGUGGCCUGAUUAUCUUGGAGCCUCGCUUCAGUUCUGAGACUUUGGCGCUGCUUUUAAAUAUUCCUCCACAGAAGACUUUGCUCCGACGUCAUCUUGCUACUGCUUUUGCUGCCCUGGUUGGGCCUCAAGCCAUGCAGGAGAAACGAGAGUAUGGUAACGCCACAGGCCAUGUCCCACUUACUACCACUGCUAAAGUUAAACCAAAGAAGCUGGGCUUCACCCAAUUCAGUCAUCUCAGAAAGAGGAAACCCGAUGAAUCUGCAGACUACAUUUGCCCAAUUGACAGUGAGGCACUAAAGGUGAACGGAGUUUCCCGGAUGCUCACUCCAUCACACAGAGGCUUUAGCUCAACUUUGGACAGGCAAGCUGAAAAGUGGCAACCAGCAGCUGUAAAAGCUCACAGUAAUGUUCCAGAUAAUAACUGAAAAAAACAAGAAACUCAGUUUUAUCUUCCACUCAUUGAUUUAAAAUUUGCUGAAAGAUUAUUAUGGCUUUUGACCAGGAUGUAUUUCUGUUGGGAUUUCCUGGGUGGGUUUGGAAGAGUCUAUGAAUACAUGCAAGUGUUUUAUUUAUCAUUGUCUUUUUGAUCAGAUGUGAGAUUGAAAAUCUCAGUAUUUAAGAGUUAAAUGUAUCUAAUACGAUGUGAAUGGUAUUAAAAAGGCUGCUCCCGGCAUUCCUUAUGAAGAUUUAUUCCAAAGCUUACCCCACUGCUUUAAAACCGUUUUAUUGACCAUUUUGUAUCUAAAUAUUUCUGUAUUUUUUAAUGUAAAUUAGGAUUGUAUAUACAGCUUAGUUAUUGACAUGAAAUACUUCAAGGUUGUCUUUUCAUUGUUGGAAUAGUUAUUUCAUUUAGUAUAUUAGAUCUUAAAAUAAAGUCAUUGUGUAAAUGACUUUACUGACUGCCUAUUAGACAGUUAACCUAUUUAGAAGAUAAAAUUGUCAUUCGUCAAUAUGCCUUAAUAAAUGGUAGGUUUCUAAUA